CUCAUCGCCAACAUCCACAUCCACAUCGAACAUCCACCCAGCGAUCCCUACCACCUCGUGCCCGCCGAGCCGCCCUCGCUCCCUCUCCUCCCUCUUCCUACGCCGCUGGUCUGGCUCACCCAGGCCUAGAUCUCUCGGAUUCUAGGCGCGCUUCUUUUCUUCUUCCCGGGGGCCAUUCUGCCUAUUGCCCUGCUGCUUGCUAUUGCGACUGUCUUUCGCUUCUUGCCUCGCUUUCGCCGUUGCCGCUGGUUCGGCCGGCGCCUGUGCCUGUGCCUGUGCCUGCGCCUGUGCCCUGCACCCUCCGCCUCUGCGCCAAUGCGAGCUGGUUGAACAUGCCAAUUCUGGCCGGGCAGCAAUUUUUGGAUUCCAGAUGGGCAGGAACCAUCACCAUCUUCGACUUCCAGAGCAUCUCUACCUUUCGCCGCCUCCCCCUCCACCGCCGCCGUUCUCUUUCACCUCUGCUUCCCUCCUUGCUGUCAAGUCUGCGGUCCAUUUCUCUCCUUCUGCGGCUCUCUUCUGGGAGACUGGUCGUCCCACACCCUUUGCUGUCGGCGACCGCAUUCCAGGCUUCAAAACCUCUGCUGCCUUCUUGACUACCCUGCGGGCAAAUCUCAUCCUCGACCUCGAAUCUACCCCGCCAUCUUUUCCCAACACACCAGACAUUCUAAGACCAACCGACAUGGCUUCUUCCGGCAGCCUCCCUCCGCCUUCUCCUUCGCCUCUGGUGCAAAGCUCCGAGGCUGUUGGUGAAGCGUCUCCCCUCGCUGAGAAGCACGCAGGACCGCUCGACUCGCUCCCUGAGCUCACGACUAAACCCGCCGUGACCGAAGACGACAAGAUCGAAGCGCUGCAUUUGAUUGCCGACUCCGUUGCGCAACAGCGCCAACUUGCCUCCGCCGCCAUUAUCUUCCAUCCUUUGACGCUCUCGUUGCUCGUCCUCCUCCUGGGCAUUGCCUACCAGAAUCUGUACAAAGGCGCCUCCUCGGAUUGGGCGAUCAUUGGCACGACAUCGGCGGGUAUUCUCAUGGCUGUGCUGAUCACCGUGCGCUGGCUCACGAGCGGCUACAUUUUCGAGGCGGAGCGUGUAGGGACCUGGAAAUGGCUCAACGAAGGUCGUGACAAUCCGGACGGGGGCAUCGUGGGCUCCGAGGACGAAAUCCUCCUGACCAGAUUCGGCGACGAUGUUAUUGGGACGACUGUUGUCCGCGGUGUACGCGAAUCCUCUGGUUCUUCCGGCAAGUCACGCAAGAAUGCGCCUGUCAACGGAUACAUCCGUGCGUGGACGGUCAAGCGUCGGUAUAGGCACAAAGGAGUAGGACAGGGUCUGCUCGAGGAAGCAAUCGCCCUGUGCCAGCAAAAGGGAUGGAGCGGUCCAGAGUUUGCAGAGGACCACGCCAACUCGGCGGAUGUCGUCCACGCGACGUUUUCGGGCGGUUUCAAGAAGAAGGAAAGGCAAGCCAGGGAGAUGCUGGAGAGGAUGAUCGAGGAGAGCAGGUCGAAUGCCAGCGGCAAGAAAGGCAAGAGAUGAUACCCCCCUUUUUUUUGGUUUCCACAUAAUUGGAAUGAUAAUACUAGACAUGGCGAGCGGCUGACUGCCCCGAGGCGGAGGAUCUUGACGAUCGAUUAAUCGAGGCAUUUGGGCCCCAGGGGAAAAAUAAUCCGUGCUGCAACCCCUAAUACCAUCGUCCCCUUGUCCUCCCUGUGUCGUCCCUGACUGACUGACCUCCUAAUACCGUCCCUGUUCUCCUAUUUCCCUCAGCCCUCUAACCUCCCACAAACAUACAUGCCCCUUGCAUGUACUCGGUACCUGGAGUACCUGGAGUACCUACUCGGCACGAGGUACAUAAAUCUCAAUCUCAAACGGGCACGGGGAGCAAGACCGUACUCGCCCACCGCACUUAUGCUUGGAGUAUUGGGAACUAAGGUCGACAGGGCCAGCUGGUUGCAUAGAUUCCCUUCCACUCGUGUCUCGAAGGGGCACAGUAGUAGGUACUA